CAGUGGGCAUUGACAAUGGCGUUUGCAAUUGAGGAAAUAAACAGAGACCCUACUAUUCUUCCUAAUAUCACAUUAGGAUAUAGGAUCUUUGAUAACUGCAUGAGACUGCAAGUCGCUUUACGGGCAGCAACUACCCUCAUUACUGGCAUGGAUGAGGUCUUAACGGUGUCUGACUGUAACGGACCUCCGCCUGUUGUUGCCGUUAUUGGUGAUCCUCUGUCCUCACAUUCUAUCGCCAUAUCAAGAAUACUGGGGCUGUUUCGUUUGCCUAUGGUCAGCUACUAUGCCACAUGUUCCUGCUUAAGCAAUAAACUGCAAUAUCCAUCAUUUUUCAGAACUGUACCCAGUGAUGCCUUUCAGGUCCAAGCUAUGGUUCAAAUUAUCAAACAUUACGGCUGGUCCUGGGUAGGCAUUAUUGCAACUAAUGAUGACUAUGGACAGUAUGCUGCAAAAAGCUUCCAAGAAGAAAUGAACAAGUUUGGAUGUGUGGCUUUCAUUGAAAAUCUUCCUAUUGUUAGUGAAGGAGCAAAAAUCCUUCAGAUUGUUAAUACCAUCAAACACUCAACAGCAAAAGUAAUUGUUUUAUUCUCAACAACAGUUGAAGCAACUCCCUUGGUGAAAGAAAUUAUUGGACAAAACAUUACUGGUAGGCAGUGGAUUGCAAGUGAAGCUUGGAGCACCUCCCCAGUUUUAGCGAGAGAAGAAUAUUUUAGUUCAUUUGGUGGAACAUUAGGCAUUGCCGUUCGCAAAGGCAAUAUUCCAGGAUUGAAAAACUUUUUGCUUCAGGUUACCCCUCACCCUGUUUCUAGACAAAAUUUAGCAACCAAAUUUUGGGAAAGAAUGUUUGAUUGCAAAUUCAAUGACAACACAAGCAUGGAAGAUACUUCUGCUUUAUUUGAUGUCAAGUAUUGCACAGGAUCUGAAGACAUUAGAAACAAGGAGACAGCUUAUACAGAUGUGUCAGACUCAAGGGCAUCUUAUAAUAUUUACAAAGGUGUUUAUGCAUUGGCACACUCCCUUAACAAGUUAGCUUCUUGUGAAAAUGGAAAAGGGCCAUUUGAAAAUAACAGCUGUGCCAGCAUUACUAAUGUACAGCCUUGGCAGCUGAUGCACUACCUGAAAAGCAUUAAUUUCACUACACAUUUAGGAGAACGAGUGGCUUUUGAUGAAAAUGGAGAUGCACUCGCAAUUUAUGAUAUUGUGAACUGGCAGCAAGGCAGUGGUGGAAAGGCAGAAAUUAAAUCAGUUGGUGUUUAUGACAAAGCAGCCAUCACAGGAAAAGAGCUUGUGCUUAAUGAAGGAGCUAUAUUUUGGAACUUUCCUUCUGGCACAGUUCCAGAAUCUGUAUGCAGCAAUAGCUGUCCGCCUGGUACCAGGAAGGCUAACAAGAAAGGGGAGCCUGUGUGCUGUUUUGAUUGUAUUCUAUGUACAGAUGGUGAAAUUAGCACAGAUGUAGAUUCCCCAGAAUGCUUUAAGUGCCAUCCAGAUUUUUGGUCAAAUCCUGAAAGGAACAGAUGUGUCAUGAAACAAAUUGAAUUUCUUUCUUAUGAGGAGACUAUGGGAAUCAUUCUGGCAGCUUCAGCGAUAUUUGGAAGUUGCCUAUCAUUUGGAGUACAAAUUGUUUUUGUUUAUAAUCGACACACUCCAGUAGUUAAAGCCAAUAAUUCUGAACUGAGUUUUCUCUUACUGGUAUCACUAAGCCUAUGCUUUCUGUGUUCACUCUGCUUUAUUGGUCAGCCGUCACAGCUCAACUGUUUGCUGAGGCAUAUCAUUUUUGGAAUCAGUUUUGUUCUGUGCAUUUCAUGUAUUCUUGUUAAAACUGUGGUUGUGAUAAUGGCAUUUAAAGCCACACUACCUGGUAAUAACAUGAUGAAAUGGUUUGGCGUUGCUCAACAAAGAUUCACUGUUUUUCUUUUUACUGUUAUACAAUCCAUAAUAUGCAUAAUCUGGCUUAUAACAGCUCCACCUGCUCCCAGUAAAAACACCAAGUAUCAAAAUGCUAAAAUUAUACUUGAGUGUGACAUUGGGUCAGUAGCUGGCUUCAGCUUUUUACUGGGCUACAUUGGCCUCCUCUCACUCGUUUGUUUUGUCUUAGCGUUUCUUGCAAGAAAUCUUCCUGAUACCUUUAAUGAAGCUAAAUUCAUAACUUUCAGCAUGCUGAUUUUUUGUGCUGUUUGGUUAAGUUUUAUUCCUGCUUAUAUUAGUUCUCCAGGAAAAUAUACAGUGGCUGUGGAAAUAUUUGCAAUAUUAGCUUCAAGUUUUGGCUUACUUAUGGCAAUAUUUGCUCCAAAAUGUUAUAUUAUUCUGUUGAAACCAGAGAAAAACACAAAAAAAGUUCUUAUGGGCAGAUCUGAUAAAAGCUAA